GGACGGGGUCGCAACUCAUGGAUUUCACAGCAAGGAUGCCUACAGUUUUCUUUUAAAAUGUCGCACAAGGAGUCUUCAUCGAUUGUCUUGUUGCAAUAUUUAUUUGGACUAGCGCUUGUCGAGGCAGUUCAAUCUUUACCCCAUUGCAAGAAUCUGCCAGUGUGCUUGAAGUGGCCCAACGAUAUCUAUGCUCAAACCUCUGAUGGGCCGCGCAAGAUUGGUGGGAUUCUGAUUACGUCCGAGUUUUACAAGGGUGCAUUCAGCCUGGUUGUUGGAUGCGGAUUGAAUGUCAGUAAUCCCAAACCAACGCUUUGCAUCAACGAUCUGGUAGCUGCAUCUGAUGCACCAAAUGGUUACACUGUCAGUAAUGAAACCAUGUUGGCUGCCAUAUUACAUACAUUUGAAUCUCUGUAUGGAUUGUUUAUGAGUGAUAUUGAGCAUUCUACAAAAUCGAGUCGUUUUGAACCUUUCUUGCCCAUGUACUAUAAAAAAUGGCUUCACAGGUAA